GAGCCGGGGACGUGUCCGGACGGAGGGUGAGGCCGGGGUCAGAGUGGGACCGGGAUCAGGAUCAGGACCAGGACCAGGACCAGGACCCAGUCACUAUGCUGGACUUCGCCAUAUUUGCCAUCACCUUCGUGGUUCUCCUGAUCGGGGCCGUGCUCUACCUGUACCCGGCAUCCAGGCAAGCGUCUGGAAUCCCAGGGAUGGCGCCCACGGAGGAGAAGGAUGGAAAUCUCCCAGAUAUUGUGAGCACUGGGAGCCUUCAUCAAUUCCUAGCCAAUCUCCAUGAAAAAUAUGGAUCACUUGCAUCCUUCUGGUUCGGGCGACGCCUGGUGGUCAGUUUGGGCUCCGUAGACCUCCUGAAGGAGCACAUCAAUCCAAACCGUACCUCUGAUCCAUUUGAGACAAUGCUGAAAUCCUUACUGGGAUAUCAGUCUGGCUUUGGAGGCAAUGCUGCUGAGAGUCAUGUGAGGAAGAAAGUUUAUGAGACAGGAGUGAACAAAGCCAUCCGAAGCAACUUCGCUGUCAUACAGAAGCUAGCUGAUGAGCUGGUCACUAAGUGGCUGUCAUAUCCCGAAGCUCAGCACGUCCCUCUGUGCCAGCACAUGCUGGGCUUUGCUAUGAAGUCUGUCACUCAGGUGGCCAUGGGCCGACGCUUUGAAAACGACCAAGAAGUAAUCCGCUUCCGAAAGAACCAUGAAUCGAUUUGGUCAGAGAUUGGAAAAGGAUUUUUGGAUGGAUCUCUUGACAAAAGCUCCCCCAGGAAACAGCAUUACGAAGAGGCCCUCGGAGAAAUGGAAGCCACGCUGAAGAGGGUGGCGAAGGAGUGCAAGGAGCAGAGCAACAGCCGGGAAGUGUUCAUGGACUCCUUACUGCACGGCGACCUGAGUGAGAAACAGGUUCUGGAGGACAGUAUGAUCUUCUCACUGGCUGGGUGUGUGAUUACAGCAAAUUUGUGCAUUUGGUCCACAUACUUCUUGGCCACCUCGAGGUCAGUGCAGGAGAAGCUUUACCAAGAAGUUGACCAGGUUCUGGGAAGGAGCCCACUCACUUUUGACAAGCUGCAGGAGCUCAGGUACUGCCAGCAGGUUCUGAAUGAGACAGUCCGAACAGCGAAGCUUACCCCAGUCGCAGCGCGACUUCAGGAGCUGGAAGGGAGUGUUGACCACCACAUCAUCCCAAAGGAGACUCUGGUCAUUUACGCUCUGGGUGUCGUGCUUCAGGAUGACACGUCGUGGCAGUUACCUUACAGGUUUGACCCCGAAAGGUUCAACGAUGAAGCUGCCAGGAAGCAGUUUACAUUGCUCGGAUUUUCUGGGAGCCAGGAAUGCCCGGAACUGAGGUUCGCUUACACAGUGGCUGCGAUCAUGCUGAGCACACUGAUCAGGAAACUGAGCCUGCAUCCUGUGGCGGACCAGGUGGUGGAGAUGAAGUAUGACCUGGUAACCACCCCAAAAGAGGAGGCUUGGAUCACCGUCAGCACGAGAAGUUAGGCUGAGCCCGGCCAGCCAGCCAGCCAGCCCGGGCCAAGUGGGGGCUGUAGUCAGCGGAGCCUUGUCGGUAGGACAUGAUGAUGAUUAUUCAGGUCUGCAUCAGGCUUGUAUCCUUAUGUCCUCUACAACAGGGAUUCGUGCGGGAUUCAGACUAUCAGCUCCUCCCCCACCUGUUAAAACAUGAAGCUAACCUCAAAAUGGUAACCUCGCAUCACCAGAAGCCUUCACAGUGGAAGCUUUAUCAGAGCUGAAGUUUCCCCCUCAUUGCAGUGACCAACACUACAGCGACAUGGAAAUUGGGAUGGCCAUUCUUGAUUUUUACCAGGAACUCGAGGCACACUUGUGUCCGUUUUGCGAGCGAUAUACACAAUGAACAACAAACGCAACUUAGCUAAAGUGGGAAAAUGUUCAGCGAGUGAGGGAGGAGAAGAAGUGACGAUAAAGUGGGAUUAGAGAUCAUGGCGGCCAGGAUAGCAUUGGACAAUGUCGGUCUAAUGUGCACACCUUUUGGGACCAAUGGUUUUGUGGCCAAGGCCUUUGGUGGGGUUUUAUGUUGAGAUUUGGGAACAAGUUUUGUCACCAGUCCGCUUACCUUCAGUUUGAAUUUCCCUCCCCCACCCAACCACUCUCUCUGCUUCUAAUGGUAAACCUGAAUCAGGAAAGUGCAAGCUGAUCCCGGCCAGGGUGUCAGGCGAGGGUGCCUCCUUCUGGCCUCCUUCCUGGGGUUAGCUUGUGGAAUAACCAAGCUGGGUUCCCACUCCCGAUCCGGCAUCUCCUGUGGACUCUGGCUGAAGGCAGAAUCAGAAAUAUCUCACUGGACACUCUGCAUCUGCGAGAAGACUAGGCUGGCUCUGGCCCAACUGGGUCAGCACCAUCUGGAUAGGAGAGGGGAAUAACAUUGUGUAUGGAGGUUUGGUGCAGUUAUCAUGUGUGAGAGCGAGACCAGUAGCUAUCAGAAGGCUCUGUAAUCAUUCAUCAAUAAAAUUUCUGAAAGGACA